CUGCGUCUGGGCUGGAUGCAGCUGUGGCGGCCCAUGCGUGGGGUGUUCAGGCGGUCAACGCCGCAUAACCGUGCCUCCCGAUCCCACCUCCAGCCCGCCGCCACCUCCCGGCAUGCCCCGCCCCACCUCAGCGCGCGCAGCCGGCCGCCGCCGCGCGCCGCCACCGCCGACCCCGCCAGCACGCCUACCCCUAUCUCUGGGUCGAGGCGGGUCAACGAGCGUGUGGGGCGGCAGGCGGCUCUCCGGCUCGACCCGAUCGGAUCCGAUCGAGUGAGGCCUGCACAGGGCGACGGCGGAUGGGCUGGACGCACAGAACGACGGUGGCGUCCGGAUCCAGGCGAGCGUCGGCGGCACAAGGCGUCGUGGUUCUCCGGGGCAGCGCCAUGGUUGCUCCGCCGUGCUCCUGGAAGAGAACGAGGAAGGAUGAGGGAGAGCAAGCAUGGAAGAUGCCGAGAACCCAAGCUGCUCCCUCCAGCGUGCCCCCUCCAUGGCUCGUCGUCGCUCUGUGACCACAUCCAGCUCCAGCUGUUGCAGAAGGACGUCAACCUCCUUAAUCCGAUGGCUGAGCUAGAGAAGCACUCACAAGAAGAAGCAUCUCGUGCAGUCCAUCAACUCAUCAUUAGUGUGGAGGAUUUCAAGGAGUUUCUUGAUGAUGUCAUGUCUGGUGAUGGGCCAUGGGGAGAGGAGGAGGUCUUGAGCCAUUGGCCCUUACUCGCCCGACCGGCCGACCCUGAAAUUGCUCCCCCGCACGAGAACGUGAGGGUUUCUUCCGCCGCCGCGCCCUUCCGCCCCCGCGCCCCCAUCCCUUCGCUGCCGCCGCCGUCCAUCUACUCUGCGGUGCCCGUCCUCGAUCUGCGGUCUCCAAAUCCGGACGAGAUCGGCAGGUUCCACCCCAUCUCCCGUCAAACCCAGCCGCAGCUGCUCGUCGGCCAUGCGGGGAGCACGGACGAGCUGCUCAUCGACGUCCAUCCCGCAGCCCCGCCUACGACGGUGCCCAGCCUCCUCGACAGCGCGCCUCCUACUUGCCGCACGAUAGGGCUUUCUUCUAUUUUGGCAAGGGUCAAGCUAGCAACUGUGAAGAUGCAGAAUUCAUGCAACUCCAUCUUACUCCAACUCUCAGGAUCCAAUAAGUAGAGUAAAUGAACUUGGGUCAGAAUAUGAACAAAGCUCUCAAGGUAACUUAAACACCUGAUCCUUCAUUACCUGUGAGUGCCAAUGAAACCCAAACCUGUAUGCAUGCAAUCUCCGUGCAAGAUUGUAGCCGGGUACAAUACUUUCAGUACUCUGCCCAAGCAUAAUUCUUAUUGCUCCUGUCCUUCAGGAAUAAUUCAGUAUCAGGCUAAAUAGGUUCAAGAAUCAAACAAAUUGAAAAGCAUACUCUGUUCUCUUGUAGAGUGUAACUCGAUUCAAUUUUCACUUAACGAUAAUGCCCCAAGAUUUGAUGUGUGACUGGCUUUUUUAUGUCGACUGAAUUCUUCUGUUACAAUCAUCAGUGGAGAUUUCUAAAAAAAAUGUGGAUUGGUAAGACUAAGUUCGAAUUAUCAUAUUUAAUGGGUCAUAAUUUCUUAUUCCAAAAGCAGAUGUUACAUAAAAAUACAUUGAUUGCUUUUAUAAAUUUAAAUGUUACCAAUGGUCAUGCACGUCGUUGCUGCAUGAGUUCAUGUCGUCGGCAGUGGCUCGCUCGUCAAUAAGGCCGAUGAAAUCAGAGGGAGCACGAGCGGGUCCGGGGACGGGCACACUUGAUGCUUCUUUAAUUCACUGCAGCAAAAUACUAACAACAUCAACAUCGACAACGUUUUUCGCACACAACGUCACUCCCCUGACGGCAUCUCUGAUACUUCGGCCCCAGACCAAUUAGUUGCAGCAUCACCAUAGAUUGCCCUCCUGUAGAGCUAUAGGUUGGUGUGAGCUCAGUUUGAUUUUGCCCGGUUUUGAUGUCUACUGUGUGUGCGCGUGCAGGUGCCGAAGGCGUCCGAUCGAACUCAGCUGGAGGCCAAACAGGUUCGGCUCUCGGACAUGCCACCAUUAACGCUCGAUGACACCGAUGCGCAGACUAACAGGAGAGCAAUUUCAAUGGACAAUGGAAACAUGAGUAAAACAAGCAGCUAAACGAAGGCCGCUUGCCCAGAGUGUCUCGGAGGAGGAUGUCACUGCCGCUAGAUUGGCGGAUGACUACUUCUUGGUGGUCUAUGGAUGUCGCACUGUAUGGAUCUUUAUCUGUAGUUGGAUAGUUCCUGACCUCAUUCCAGGAGGAUGAUUGGAGCCUGCCAGCUGCAAUGAAGUCCUCCAGAGAUAAGGGUUUGCAGAAAAUGAUCUUGGCAUCCCAGAUAAGCAGGUCGAGGUCAAAGCCGGUGCCCAGGGGGAUUUCAAUGGAUCACCAACACGAGAAACUGAAAUGGCAGGACCAGAAAAGAUGGUCCCAGAUCUCACUGCAGCCGGAUGUGCAAGAACACAUCAAUGAUCAUCUGUGAGACUGUGACACUGAAAUUUUGUCGAUGGAGCAUUGCCUCUGCCAUUUAGCUUCUAGAGUACAAUGACCUGUACGUACAACUAUAACAGCUAGCAGCAUGGUUUAUCCCUUCUGAUUGUACUAUUUCUCUAGAGUGAUGGCAUAGGAAGAGCGUGUGUAUAUGUUGAGGUUAGUCUUCUGAAACUAAUGCUCCAGAUGUUCUCUGUAAACUAAUGCUGCAAGUGUUUGUUUGGGACAAGCCCAAAUAGUGUUCCAAUUUUUAUGAAAA